AUAAGGCACUGGGAGGGGACAGCUGCUGAGGGGCCAUCCAGGACCGGACUGAAUCUCGGUUCCCCUUGUCUAAGCCAUGCAACUCUGUGGGAGUGGCGCGCUGCUGACUGGGACAGACCUUGAGGAGUCUCAGAAACAGCUGAAGAAGAAGCAGAAGAACCGGCUGGCUGCCCAGCGCAGCCGGCAGAAGCACACCAGUAAGGCUGAUGCUCUGCACCAGCAGCACGAAUCCUUGGAGAAACAGAACCAUGCCCUUCGGAAGGAGAUCCAGGCCUUGCAGUCUGAGCUGGCAGGGUGGGGCCGGACACUGCAUUUGCAUGAACGCCUGUGCGGAGUGGACUGUGCUCCCUGCCCUAUUCUGCUGCCCUCUGGAUGCUCAAUCCAGGCCAAGCAACUCUCAGGACAACCCACCCCUCAUGGAUACCGUGACUGCCAGGAACAACUGGGCAUGUUCCAGACUCCUGGCUCCUCUCCCCGUGCCCAGCAUCUCUCUCCAGGCCCAUGCUAUAAUGAGUCUCCGGGCCUCCUCCCUUCCCCACAGCUCUCACUGACCUUUGACCCUCUCAUGGUGAGGACACCUCCAGCCCAGCUCUCCCCCAGCCCUGUUCUGUCUGCACCAUCGUCUUCUGGCUCCAGCCUGAUGGGGUCUUUCUCUAAGUUUGAUGCCCUCAUACCCAGCCCCCCAGACCAGCUGGUCCCUCCACAGCCCCUCAGGCUGGAGCAGCCCACUAGUGAGAGGCUGGCAUCCUCCGAUUCUCCAGCUGCUCUGGGACCAGAGUGUCCACAGAACAGAGAGUGUUUGCCCGCACUGUCUGGCUCCUCUGCUCAUUGGCAGAAGUCACCUGUGGCCCCUAGCCCACAGGCCCUCGUGGCCUUCCCCCUGCUUUCUUCUGCGAAAGUCCACUUCUAGCCUACGUUUAGAGAGGGGCUGCCUUACUUGGGUUCCUGAGGCAGCCUGAGCACCCAGAAGCUCUUCCAUUUUUGCUCUUCCUGAGUUACUCAGGGCCUACCACUGUGGACCACACAAAGCUAUCCCAUCCCACGACACCACAAAGGAUGAUGGGAGGGCCUUGAGGUACAAGAACCUUGAACCUGGCUGGAACAUUGCCUGUGUCCUUCUUGGCAGCACUCUCAACUCUGCACACUACCAUCGGGCUCCCCCAAAAUGGCUCCUUCAUGGUUCUUGUGACUACUGGGGCCAUGGCAGCUCGGAGAGUAAGUGGCAUCUCUGAAAGGGUGGUCAUUCACAGCAUCUCCAUGUGCCUUGAGCUCUUCACCAGGUUUUCACACAUGGAACUGAGUGAGACAGUGUGUCAGAAGUGGACCCACUGCUGGAUUAGAGCACACGUCUCGGCACAUGUGACGGUAAAUAAAGUGUUUCCCCUGCCUCUU